CGGCGCCGGCGCUGCGUCUGGGGCGGUAGAGCGGGGCGGCCUGGGAACCGACAGGCACGUUGACGGACGGACGAGCCAUGGUAGACCCGGCGAAGCCCAUCAGCCCGCUCAAGAACCUACUGGCCGGCGGCUUUGGCGGCAUGUGCCUGGUGUUCGUAGGACACCCGCUGGACACAGUCAAGGUCCGACUGCAGACACAGCCCCCGAGUUUGCCUGGACAGCCGCCCAUGUAUUCUGGGACCUUUGACUGUUUCCGGAAGACUCUUAUUAGAGAGGGCAUCACAGGGCUAUAUCGGGGCAUGGCUGCCCCCAUCAUUGGGGUCACCCCCAUGUUUGCUGUGUGCUUCUUUGGGUUUGGCUUGGGGAAGAAACUGCAACAGAAAUGCCCAGAGGAUGUGCUCAGCUACCCCCAAAUAUUUGCAGCUGGGAUGUUAUCUGGUGUAUUCACCACAGGAAUCAUGACCCCUGGAGAACGGAUCAAGUGCUUGUUACAGAUUCAGGCUUCCUCAGGGGAAACCAAGUACACUGGUGCCUUGGACUGUGCAAAGAAGGUGUACCAGGAGUCUGGGAUUCGAGGCAUCUAUAAGGGGACUGUGCUCACCCUCAUGCGAGACGUUCCAGCCAGUGGAAUGUAUUUCAUGACAUAUGAGUGGCUGAAAAAUAUCUUUACUCCGGAGGGAAAGAGUGUCAAUGAGCUCAGUGUGCCUCGGAUCCUAGUGGCUGGAGGCAUUGCAGGGAUCUUCAACUGGGCUGUGGCAAUCCCCCCAGACGUGCUCAAGUCUCGCUUCCAGACUGCACCUCCUGGAAAAUAUCCUAACGGUUUCAGAGAUGUGCUGAGGGAGCUGAUCCGGGAUGAAGGAGUCACAUCCUUGUACAAGGGGUUCAAUGCAGUGAUGAUCCGAGCCUUCCCAGCCAACGCGGCCUGUUUCCUUGGCUUUGAAGUUGCCAUGAAGUUUCUUAAUUGGGCCACCCCCAACUUGUGAGGCUGAAGGCUGCUCAAGGUUUCUGGAUACUGGAAGCUGUCACCGAGGAAGAGCAGUGGGCAGAACUAGGCCGUCCUGAAGGGUGAGGGGAGGGGGAUUGUGGGAUCAGAGCUCUGUGUGUGGACUUGUUGGGACCGUUGCCUUAAUGACAUCCUCUACCUGGUGUAGCUUGGUGUGCCAUUUUGAAAAUUGAAUUCACUCUUGUCAAUUUAAAGGAUGUCAAGAGGAUUUGGAGAUGGAGUAAGUAGCUUCUAGACCAGAUACAACGUGUGGCCAUAGUGCUGUCUACUGCUUGACUACUGGCCCUACUACACCCAAAAUACUCACGAGAGAGGGACUCUCAGCCUCUCACUGGAGGCGCUAUGCAUGUUUUGAACCAGCUGACCAGGAGCUGGGGUCUUCUUCGAUCCCUAGCCAGGAAUACCCACCAGAUUUCCAGGGUACUAUCUAAUCCAGGCCUGCACAUGAGGAUGUGGACUUGAGGCCCAUGUCUGUCUGUCCAAGUAGACUGAGCAAAUGUGCCUAGGGGCAGAUAGCCUGUUAACAAUUGGGUUGAUUUUUCUUUCUGCAUGCAAGUAAUCAAAAUUAAAACUAGAGUAGCCUAAUUUCCCAGGAGUAGAUGGAGAGCUUUCCCUCCUACACAGUGAGGAAAGUUUUGAUAUCGACUGACAGUCCCAGCAUGCUGGGGGAUAAGUGAGAAAGCCCAGGGUGUAGGAAGGCUCUUUUUGCAUACUCUUUAUUCUCGUGAGAGCACCCUAUUUUAGUAGGAAACAAUAAAUAUUGUUUCUAAUUUU